GUGUUAACGUUAAAAUCACGAGAAAGAAAAAAAAGUUAUUUAGACAUUCAAGUCGAGGAAAAAUUCCUUCUAUAUCAUGUAAUCAUGUUUCAGGUUACUGCAAAGCUCGAGAUAUAACACAGGAUAAUUUGCUUAAACAUCAUACAGAAUUCUAUAGUAUUGCAAGUAAAGUAUCACAAGAUGCUACUAUACUGUCAAUGCUUAAUAUAAUCAAUGUGAAAAGAGUCAGAGUGAAAUAUAAUAAUCGAAAAAAGUUAAGAACUAUGAGUAUUGAGUACUUUUUAUGCUGUGAGAGAAUUAAAGUACGAGUUUGCUAAGCUUCGUUUUGUUCAGUAAUGUCCAUAAAACUUGAUAGAGUUUUAAGAAUUGCAAGACACUAUUAUGAACAUGGAACAACCAGACCUAAAAAUAGAGGAGUAGACAGGAAGAAAGAAGCUAUUAAAAACCAUAUUCAGUCUUUUACUAGCAGAGAAAGUCAUUAUGGAAGAAAAGCUUUUGGAUACCCAGCAACAGAUACAUGCUCUACAUGUCAAACAUAUAAGUCGGCUGUGAAAAACCAAAAUUUUAUGAAUGACCAAAAAAAACUAAAAACUGACGAUGUUUUUCUGAAAACUGAAAGACAAUAUUUUUUUGUCUUCUCAGUCUUGUAGGAGUAGAAGGCAGAAUACUUACUAUGUAUAAACAUUACUCUGUAAUGCCACUGAAGAUGAUACUAACCUUAGGGAAGAAGAUAGUUCAUAAUUUGAUUUAAUUGUUUUUUAGUUGUGAAUUUUGUAAACAUGGUUUAGUUAAAAUACAAAUAUUUAAAAAAAUCUCUAUCAUAACAUGA